AUGGCUGGGCUGCUGGGGGCCAGGCCGGCCGUGCCCCGGCGAGGGGGCUGCAGCUGGGCCACCUUCCUGCUGCUUCUACUCCCCGUCCAAGCAGCCCAGAAAGCGGAUCUCAGCGGCGAGGCCGCCGGGGCCACCAUUAACCACUCGCUGGCGCUGAUCCACCGGCUGCAGGAGCUGCUGCAGAACGGCAACGCCAGCGACACCACGCUGCGGGUGCGCACCGCCGGCUCUGACGAGGUCAAGGUCUUCCACACCCACCAGCUGCUCCUGGCCCUGCAGAGCGAAGCCUUCGAGAGCCUCCUGCACAACCAGACCGUGGUGACGCUGCACGAGCCGGCCGACAACGCCGCGCUCUUCGAGAAGUUCAUCAGGUAUCUGUACUGUGGGGAGAUCUCCAUCUUGUUGCACCAGGCCAUCCCUCUGCACCGGCUUGCUAGCAAAUACCGCGUCUCCACGCUCCAGCGCGGGGUGGCUGAGUACAUGAAGAGCCACCUGGCGAGCGAGUCCAGCCAGGGCCACGUGGUCGGCUGGUAUCACUACGCGGUGAAGAUCGGGGACGCGGGCUUGCAGGAGAGCUGCCUGCAGUUCCUGGCCUGGAACCUCUCGGCCGUCAUGGGCGGCGCCGAGUGGGCCACGGUGAGCGCGGAGCUGCUGGCGCUGCUGCUGGAGCGCUCGGACCUGGUGCUGCAGAGCGAGCUGGAGCUGUACACCGCCGUCGAGGAGUGGGUGGGCCGCAAGCAGCCCGAAGCCCCCGUGGUGGUGAAGGUGCUGCGCUCCAUCCGCUACGCCAUGAUCCCCCCCAGCCACCUGUUCCACCUGCAGAAGCAGUCGGCGGUGAUGGUGCGGCACUACGGCGCCAUCCAGGACCUGCUCUUCCAGGCCUUCCAGUUCCACUCCGCCUCCCCCAUCCACUUUGCCAAGUACUUCGACGUCAACUGCAGCAUGUUCGUGCCCCGCAACUACCUCUCCGGCUCCUGGGGCUCCCCGUGGGUCAUCAACAACCCGGCCCGCGACGACCGCAGCACCAGCUUCCAAACCCAGCUGGGCCCCAGCAACCACGACGCCAGCAAGCGGGUGACUUGGAACGUCCUCUUCUCCCCGCGCUGGCUGCCUGUUAGCCUGCGCCCCGUCUACUCAGACUCUGUCUCCGGAGCCAUCCAGUCCAUCCGGAUCGAGGACGGGCGGCCCCGGCUGGUGAUCACCCCGGCGAUGACCAGCUCCGACUUCGCGGGCGUCAGCUUCCAGAAGACCGUCCUGGUGGGGGUGCGGCAGCAGGGACGAAUCUUCGUGAAACACGCCUACAGCUUCCACCAGAGCACGGACGAGCUGGCCGAUUUCCUGGCGCACGCCGACCUGCAGAAGCGCACCUCCGAGUACCUGAUCGACAACUCCCUGCACCUGCACCUGAUUGUCAAGCCUGUCUACCACUCGCUGAUCAAGGUCAGGAAGUAG